AUUUUUUUUCUUUUUUUUUUGGGAGAUUCGUUCCUUUCCUCUUUCACUCUAUAUUUGUCGGAAUUUCCUACCGCCAGAUGCAGAUUCCGGGUCGUUACUGUGUGUUGGUUUCUGUAUGCUCUGUUAUUGAGUUGUAUGUUCUCCGAAUUAUGGUGGGGUUUUGGGUGAUGGACGUUGCUUCGAUUUUGAAGUUUUUGAAUAAGGCGAGUGAAACUGGAUUUGGGUUUUUCCUUCGAGGAAGUUUCUUCCGGGUUCUCAAUGGAUUGGCGAUGCUAUUGAUUUUUAUGCUGUGUAUGAAGUUUUUGCAUUUUGGUUGGCGUUUCAAGGGUUUGAUGCGUUUUCUUAGUGAAUUCGGAUCGAAACCCAGAAAUGGGUUUUGUUUUAAGGAUGGCGUCGUUGAAGUCUGUGCCUCGAUGAUCACACAUUUGAAGUGUAGCCCACUGGAAUCUUCUCUGAAUCCGAAUGUAAACAAAAACAAAUCAAUCUCUGGCAAAGAGAACGCGAAAUCCAACGAUGAUGCUGACACAUAUUUCGAUAUCUCUGAAGAGAAACACGAUAAUGAAAGUGAAGUUCAUGAUGAGGAUCAGGAAAUCGACGUAAUAACAUUAAGAAAACUGGUGAAGACUGAAAGGAAGCGUGCAGAUUCAGCCUAUGCAGAGCUUGAGAGAGAAAGGCGAGCUUCUGCAACAGCAACAGAGGAAGCAAUGGCGAUGAUUCUUCGUCUUCAGAGUGAGAAAAGUUCAGUAGAAAUGGAAGCAAAUCAAUUCCGCAGAAUAGCAGAGAAGAAGCAACAAUAUGCUCAAGAAGUGAUUGAAUCAUUACAGUGGAUUAUUAUGCAAAACGAAUCUCAGAUUAGUCUGUUGGAAGAUAAACUGAUGCUGCAUAGAGAAAAAAUGAGACAAUAUGUGAAUGAAGAUGAAAUGGAACAGUUUGAAGAGCCUCACGGUGAUGAUGAUGCCCAUAAGGCCUUUCCAGAUUUCUCUGUGGAUGAUGAUCAAUAUGACCCACUAAUUAGCUGACUUGAAAUGUAAUAACAGAACUUGUAAGUACUGAAGUUUUCUUGCUAUACAGAAUAUAUUCAGCUCCGUUUUCUUCUGACCUGUUUUUGUUCACAAAUGUAUAUUGUACUUACUCAUAACAGCGAUCAUUAAUAAUAGAGGAGGCUUAUAUAAA